ACAUCAAACAAGACCCAUUGCAUUAUUCUCUUCUCUUCUCACUCCUAUACCAACCCUUUCCAUAUCUAAUCUACAACACAACAAUCUACCUAUUCAUAUCUAUCUGAACAGAGCAGAGGAGAGAGAAACUCUCGCACACAAAAGGAUCUAAAUUGCAGUUUCCUUCAUCACAUUGUUCAACAGCUUAUUAAGGAGCAAGUGAGGAGGCAGUUUAAAGAUGGGUUACUUGUGUGAUUUCUGUGGAGACCAGAGGUCCUUGGUGUACUGCCGCUCUGAUGCCGCAUGCUUAUGUUUGUCAUGUGAUCGAAACGUUCAUUCUGCUAAUGCCCUUUCUAGGCGUCAUUCAAGAACACUUGUAUGUGAGAGGUGUAAUUCACAACCUGCAUUUGUGAGGUGUGUUGAAGAGAAAAUUUCACUUUGUCAGAACUGUGAUUGGUUGGGUCAUGGUACCUCACCAACUUCUUCAGCACACAAGAGGCAAACAAUCAAUUGCUAUUCCGGCUGCCCUUCAGCUGCAGAAUUUUCUUCAAUAUGGUCCUUUUUCCUAGAUAUUCCCUCUAUGGGUGAAGCGUGUGAGCAGGAACUAGGUUUAAUGAGCAUUAAUGAAAACAGCAACAAGAAUUGGGUUCCUCCAGAAGGCCAGAAUGUGUCUGGUUCAGCUCAAGUGACUGAUCUACCUAGCAAGGAUAAAUCUUGGGUUGGCACAUCUUCAAUACCCGAAUCAGGACCCCUUGUUCUGAACCAGCCAUCUGGACCUGCCAAUGAAUCUAUGCCCAAGUUGUACUGUCCUGGUAAGAAAGUUUCUGGACUCUGUGAUGAUGAUAAGCUGUAUGAUGAUUUCAUCAUGGAUGAAGUGGAUCUAGAACUUGAAAACUAUGAGGAACUUUUUGGUAUGGCUAUGAGUCAUUCUGAAGAGCUUUUUGAAAAUGGUGGAAUUGAUAGCUUAUUUGGGACGAAGGACAUGUCUGCUAGUGCUGGUGAUUCCCAUUGUCAGGGUGCUGUUGCUGCUGAGGGAUCAUCUGCUGGGUUGGUAAAUGCCAUGCAACCAGCAUGCAGCAAUGCAGCAUCUGCAGAUUCAAUGUUGAGUACAAAAACUGAACCAAUUCUUUGUUUUACGGCAAGGCAAUCACAAUCAAACAUUUCUUUUUCUGGUGUUACCAAAGAUAGUGCUGGUGACUAUCAAGACUGUGGUGCUUCUUCAAUGCUUCUCAUGGGAGAGCCUCCCUGGUGUCCUCCAUGCCCUGAGAGCUCUCUGCAAUCUGCUAACCGUAGCAAUGCUGUCAUGCGUUAUAAGGAAAAGAAGAAGACCAGAAAGUUUGAGAAGAGAGUAAGGUAUGCCUCUCGCAAGGCUAGGGCUGAUGUCAGAAGGCGUGUGAAGGGCCGGUUUGUGAAAGCUGGUGAUGUUUAUGACUAUGACCCUCUGCACCAAACCAGAAGCUACUGAGUGUACAACUUUUAACCAUGUUCUAUAAAAGGAAAGAAACACUCAUAUAGUUACAAAAGAAAACAGUAACACUUACCUGAAAAAUGGAUGAAAUUUGAUGCAUUCUUUCUCCAUGCAAUGACAAGCUGUCUGGUUUUAUCACAGGGCUUAGAUUUUCUUCAAGGGGAAGAAGGUUGUAACCAGGCCAUAUUCCAAUGAAUUGACAGUGUGAGCUCAGGAGCAGAUUGUGUGUCCUUCACUGCAAUGGAUAUCCCAGUUGUGGUUUCAGCUGACAUGACAAUGUCACCAAGUGGCCCUUUCAGGCAAUGUGUCCUGGAAUUUUGAUUGCCUUUCUCUUUAACUUGGCAAAUCCUACUUCUUAAUUCUAAUCUAAUGCAAAAUUCUUUUUAUGUCCUUUGGCCUUGAUCAUGCUCAUAGUUUGUCAUAAUUUUCUGUCAACUCCUCACUGAUAUAAGUCACAUGUACAAGUGUGCCUAUGAUGGCAUGAUAAGUGGCUCAAUUUGAUAAGUUCUAGAUAAUCUACACUGUUGUAGGCUGUGAUAUUUUGCCUCUCUUGCUUUGCCAUGUAUAGUACAGUAUAUACAUAUAUGCUGUUAGAGGUGUAAUGGCUCAACAGUUCCUUUUCCUUUAGGCAUGAGACCAAUUGUAAAUUUGAAGGUUAUUAUGUAUAGAAUAGGAUGCUAUUUGUGCUGAUGACAUGAAACAGUCUACAUUUGGACAUGUAUCUUGUAUCCAUACAAGUUUUGUUUGUAUUUUAUUUCAGUGCCAUGGAUACUCUAAAAAAAAUGUUACCCUAGAACAUUAUGCGAUUAUGUAUAAUAAAUCAGUGUGUGAAAGAUGUUUUAG